CCAUUACGAGCUCAAUAUAUACGAGUGUUAUUCCGUGAAAUAACUCGAAUUUCAAAUCAUUCACUUGCUUUAACUACUCAUGCUAUGGAUGUGGGAGCAUCAACUCCGUUCCUGUGGGCUUUUGAGGAGCGGGAAAAAUUGUUGGAAUUCUAUGAAAGAGUCUCAGGAGCCAGGAUGCAUGCCAGUUUCAUACGACCAGGUGGAGUGGCACAAGAUCUGCCUCUUGGCUUAUGUCGAGAUAUUGAUUCCUCCACACAACAAUUUGCUUCUCGUAUCGACGAAUUAGAAGAGAUGUCAACCGGCAACCGUAUCUGGAAACAACGAUUAGUGGAUAUUGGUACUGUCACUGCACAGCAAGCAAAGGAUUGGGGAUUCAGUGGUGUAAUGUUAAGAGGUCCAGGGGUAUGCUGGGAUUCGCGAAGAGCAGCACCUUACGAUGUUCAUGACCAAUUGGAUCCUGACGUACCAGUAGGUACCAGAGGAGAUUGCUAUGAUCGUUACUGUAUUCGUAUCGAAGAGAUGCGGCAAAGUGUUCGGAUCAUUGUGCAAUGUCCUAAUCAAAUGCCUAGUGGAAUGAUCAAAGCCGAUGAUCGUAAGCUAUGUCCUCCAUCACGAUCUAGAAUGAAACUAUCUAUGGAAUCGUGCGCCGUGUGA